GUGCGUGCUUGUGGGUGGUGUUGCACACGGGUCGGCAGCAGGCAGCAAGCGCGAUUACAGACGAAGGCAGCAGCAGCAGCAAGUGCCCUUGGACACUCCACUCUGCGCCUUGUUCCAGCCCGCGUGCGUGUGCGUGUGUGCGCGCUGCAACAUUCGCGACCCAUGCGACGCCAGGCAAUUCGAAGCAAUUAGUUCCUCGGUCGAGUCAUUCGUUAUUAUUAUUGUUGUUAUUAAUAAUAAUAACGCGGUAAAGGGACACGAGGCGCGUUCAUACGGCGUGGGUGACCGGACGGACACGAACGCGCGGUGUCUCACAUUCGCUCGAAUUUCAACCGUGAACCCGGUGGUUCCACCUCGGGGGGCAGGCUUGGCUGUUAAGAGGGCAGGCUCGAGGGGAAGUAAAAGUACGGGGUGGUGGUGCUGGUGGUGUGGUGGGAGGCUAGAGGCGAGAGACUGCGAGGGGAGGCGAGGGGAAGCCCACGACGUACGCGGUUGGAGGGGAGUCGGCCAGGCCGCCACGAGGUUGUGGAAUCGCGAUGGAGAUGAAGGACGGCACUGAGAAGACGGGUCUCUUGGGCGUUGCGAAGAGUAGAUCGUACACGGGUGAAGACGACAGCGCCUGCGUGAUCGGAGGCACCAGCCCGUCGGUGUCGCUCGACAUGGCAAUGUGGCACUGCCACGCCGACCGCUCCUUGAGCGGCGAGCGCCACCGCGAGAAGCAGCAAGCCAAGCGCAAGCUCUACAUCGCCUCCUUCGUGUGCCUCGUCUUCAUGAUCGGCGAGAUCGUCGGCGGCUACUUGGCCGGCAGCCUGGCCAUCAUGACGGAUGCCGCUCACCUCCUCACGGACUUUGCGAGCUUCCUCAUCAGUCUCUUCUCCCUCUGGGUUUCCUCCAGGCCGGCAACCAAGAACAUGAACUUUGGGUGGUUCCGAGCAGAGAUCCUGGGAGCAUUGCUGUCGGUGCUGUCCAUCUGGGUGGUGACGGGCGUGCUGGUCUACCUGGCGGUGCAGAGGAUCGUGAGCGACGACUUCAGCAUCGACGGAGAGGUCAUGCUCAUCACGGCCGCUUGCGCCGUCGGCGUCAACAUCAUCAUGGCCGUGACGCUGCACCAACCAGGCAGCUUCCACGGCCACAGCCACGGCGGCGGCGGCGGCGGCCACGGCCACGGCCACGGAGGGGGGAAGGAGAGCGAGCAGAACGUGAACGUGAGGGCGGCGUUCAUUCACGUGCUGGGCGACCUGCUGCAGAGCCUGGGCGUUCUCAUCGCUGCCAUCAUCAUCUUCUUCAAGCCAAACUUGAAGAUAGCCGACCCGAUUUGCACGUUCAUCUUCUCAGUCAUCGUGCUGGCCACCACGAUCAGCAUCCUGAGGGACGUGCUCAGGGUGCUCAUGGAAGGGACCCCCAAGGGCAUUGACUUUAACGAGGUGAAGGCAUCGCUGCUGGCAGUGCCUGGGGUGCGCGAUCUGCACAGCCUGCAUCUCUGGGCCCUCACCAUGAACCAGCCCGUGCUGUCCGUGCACAUCGCCAUCGAGGAGUCUGUCGACCCUCACCUCGUGUUGAGCGAAGCGACGAUCGCGCUGCACAAGAAGUUUGGCUUCUACACGACGACCAUCCAGGUGGAGCGCUACAUGGACGAGAUGAAAAAUUGCACCGACUGCCAGGACCCGAGCGACUGAAACUGUGCGAGCGGAGAGGCCCAGUUGCCCCCCCCCCACCGCUCUCCACCACCCCCCACCCUACAACGCUUUAAUAAGAAAAUAAAUGCAGACGCCAUUUUUA